AUGCCGGAAGACCCAACCGCAGUUAUGGAAGCCAUAGAAGAGGUGUUCCAGUUCUACGAUACAAAAGGCGAUCAAAAAAUAGCUGCAUCACAGAUAGGGAACUGCCUUCGUUCAAUGCAGCUUCAGCCAACCGAGGGUCUGAUUGAGCGGAUGACGCAGCAGUGGAAAGAUCAACCAGAAGCCCGUGUAUCUAUGGAAGAAUUUGCGCCGAUUUAUAAGAAUACUCUUCUGGCGCACUUCGAUCGUGAAGGAACCGGUAUCGUGAUGCUGCCUGAUCUUCGAUAUAUGCUUCAGAAUUCUGGUGAGCCACAGCCUAGCUUUAUGAAUUACGGUGCUCUGCAUGGCAGGUGA